UUGCCCCAUCGUUUUCAGAAACAGUAAAUUGCUUUGUUUUUAUUAGAAAUUUCAGAGCAGCGAAUAAAUUUUGUUAAAUCGAUAAUAUUUGUACUAUUUUGGAAUAAUCACACCAGAAGCCGGUGAGUCGCUGCACAUAUUUGGCCAUUACUUCAACGUUUACAAUAUAAUUUGCUGCAGGUGCGCUUUGUGAUCAAGAGAACAAGAACGCACUUCUUUUGCAGUCACAAAAAUGGAGGAAACAAAUAAACAGAAUGAGAAUACAAUUGAUAUUGUCGAGGCGAGUACACGCAAGGAUUUCGUGCUGGAACGAUUGAACAAACGCAACAAGGAUCGCCAGAACUAUUUGGACGUCAAAUUGGAGCAGCGCAGCAAGGAGACUCAACAGAAUGAAGGUGUCGACUUCUUUGCCCAAUCCUUUGGCCAGCGCGCUUACGAUCUCGAGCAACGCAUCAGCACAAUGCAGUUGGAAAGCGGCGAUGCACCGUUGCCUGAUCUCAGCAAGCAUUUCGCUGACAUUACUAUAGAAAUCCAGGAGUUGCAGCGCUAUUUGACUUCCUCGACCAUGUUUCUGUCGGACUUUAAGAUUAAAUCGUGUCAAAAUAUGUUGAAUGCAUUGACAAGCGCCUGUGAUGAGGCACGUCAGCGUCUGAUGCCCAAAAAGAAGUUUGGAUUCAGUGGCAAGAAGCUGGCGGUCAAACAAAAGCAACCGGUUGCCGUCAGCAAGGUAGAUGGACCCGAGAAGAAGACCACAAACAGUAGUGCAUUCACCUGGACCAUUGCCAAUAAACGCAGUGCACACAUUGUGCUGAGAGGCGAGGAGGUCAAUGGCCUCGAUAUAACCAUUUCCAAUGUACACAAAUGUCUGAUUGAGCUGCAGGGUCAUCCCGGCUCCGUUCAGAUCUCCAAUGCUAGUCAGUGUACGCUCCUAUGUGGUCCCGUGGCACGUUCCCUCUUUGCCGAGCAACUGGAACGCUGCACUAUUGCCAUUGCCUGUCAGCAGCUGCGUUUGCAUUCCUCUCAAGCGACAAGGAUCUAUUUGCAUGUCACUUGCCGUGCGAUUAUCGAGGAUUGUCGUCAAAUUGAAAUUGAUGUGUACAACUACGACUAUGCAGAGCUGGAAGCGGACUAUGCAACUUCUGGACUUAACAAAUCCCAGAACAACUAUACAGAUGUGGCCGAUUUCAAUUGGCUAUCGCCGGACGUGCCCUCGCCAAACUGGACGCUGCUCAAGGAUCAUGCCGCACCCAACUGGAGUGCAGUGCGUCGAGAUUUCAAAAGCAGCUGUGCCUCCUCCGCUGAUAAUAUCAAGGAUAACUCUAUAAUCUAGUGUCGGCGAUGGCGAAGGCGACGGUUGCUUCUCCUUCUGCUUGUAAUGCUGCUCGUCUACGCCUUCCCUCUCAUCUGGCUGCUCGUGGAGCCUGGCGAUAUAACAUGUACUGUGUGAAUAAUACGAUAAGUCCAAUAAAUAACCCAAGUUAAUGUUGCGUAUAUACGU